AGGAUUUUUGAUUUCGUAGGAAUUCACUGUUUUACUUUGCUUAACAGUAAUAAUAAAAGAUAUUCCGUAAAAAAGUGGAGAGAGGGAGAGAGAUUGACAGUCUGCCUUAACUUUGUUGAAUUUUGGCAUCAUCUUUAUUUUGUUCUUGUGGUUUCUGGAGUUGCAGUGUCUAUGAGGCUGUUACGUGGGUUUUGUCAGCCAACGAGUGGUCGAAAUUGCUAACCUUCUCUUCUCUAAUGGCAAUCCUCUCCAAAUCUUUAUGAAAAUAGAGAAAUUUGAGAUGCCAAAGGGAAAAUUCAAAUAUCAACAAUCUAUAAUUAUAUUCUUUUGUUGUGACUGGCUUUGACUGACUUCUUGUUUCAUCGUUAGUAGCAACAUGGAAUUUGGAUCAAAGAAAACAUGGAAGUCAAUAGUGCCUUCCUAUUUGAAAGGCAAAUCAGCUACCCAUUUUUGUAUGUUCUCCAAAGUGAAGCCAGCUGGUUAUGGUCCAGGCAAUACACCGGUUUAUCUCAACGUGUAUGACUUGACACCUAUGAAUGGCUAUGUCUAUUGGGCUGGCUUUGGUAUUUUUCACUCUGGUGUGGAGGUUCAUGGUGUAGAAUAUGCAUUUGGAGCUCAUGAUUAUCCAUCUAGUGGUGUCUUUGAGGUUGAACCCAAACAAUGCCCAGGCUACAAGUUUAAAAAGUCAAUACUCAUUGGGACUACAUGCUUGGACCCUUUACAGGUUAGGGAAUUCAUGGAGACCCACUGUGCAAACUACUAUGGUGACACAUAUCACUUGAUUGUCAAGAACUGCAACCAUUUCUGUAAUGACAUUUGCUACAAGCUGACUGGGAAGCGAAUUCCAAAAUGGGUAAAUCGCCUGGCAAAAAUAGGUUCAGUCUUCAGCUGUGUGCUGCCUGAAUCCCUUAAAAUUUCUUCUGUGCGACAUGAUCCCAGUUACCAUCCAUAUGACAGCGAGAAGAGAAGGCUAAGAGGUUCCUUCAGUUGCUUGUCUUCGAUCUCAAUGAGGCAAAGACAGUUGUCAACAUCGUCGUUGUUUCUACAGUCUCCAUUAAAAGGCUGCUUACCAUCAUGGGAAUUGAGAAGGUUCAGGAAAGAUGUAGCUGCCCUUCACAAUUAUAAGCAGUAGAAGGAUGAGAACACUAAAAAAUUUCAACUGUAGUCAUCAUCAUUAUAGGCAAAACCAAAUAGCUGCAGAUUCUGGAAAAGAAUUAUGGUUGCAAAUUCUGGUGGAAUCGAGGAGGUUAUUCCCAAGCCAACGGGAAAAAAAAGCCGGUUCUCUUUCGUGCUCUCAAGGAUGAAUUUUUGGUUGAUCUGAACCAAACUGUUGUUGAUAUUUUGAAGGUUCUUUGUUUUUUUUUUUUUCGUGGUUAAACCUCCUCUAAAUGUGGAUUAAGGGGGUGGGACAGGAAGACGACAGCCGUGACACGUAAUUCAUUUGUGAUUCUGUCAAAUUUAUUAUUCUUUUUUUGCAAGUAAGCUUUGGCAUGAUCCAAUUGAAAGCAGUCCAUUCAUUC